UAAAAAAAUCUCUCAAAGACGUAGACCCCAAGCCAACAUUAGGAUCUCAGGUGGUCCCUUUUUCUUUCUUAUUAUUUGAGUAAUAUCUCUGGUUUACUCUACUCAGCUCCAAUCAUCAAAUCAAAACACCAAAAAAAAAAAAAAAAAAUUCACCAAAACAUCAACCUUCAAAUUUGGAGUCCAAAUUAUCAAAAACCAUCGGAGGAGGAAGGAAAAAGAAAAAUGGCGACAACACAGAAGAAUAUUUUGGCGAUUUCUCUUUCGCUUAUUUUGGUCAUCUCCAUCUGUCACCUACAGCGGGUAAUUGCAUUGCAACCACUAAGCAAUCUCAAGCUUAAUUCUCCGAUCCUGCAGGAGUCAAUUGUUAAACGUGUAAAUGAGAAUCCUGAGGCUGGAUGGAGAGCAGAGAUGAAUCCUCGAUUUUCUAAUUUCACAGCUGGUGAAUUCAGGCGUCUUCUUGGAGUCAAGGAAACACCUAAGCACGAAUUGGAGAGUACUCCUGUUAUAACUCAUCCCAAAUCCUUGAAGUUGCCAGAUAAGUUCGACGCAAGAACUGCCUGGCCACAAUGUAGCACCAUCAAGAGAAUUCUAGAUCAGGGCCACUGUGGUUCUUGCUGGGCUUUUGGUGCUGUUGAAUCAUUGUCUGAUCGUUUUUGCAUCCAUUUUAACACGAACAUAUCUUUGUCUGUCAAUGAUGUCCUGGCUUGUUGUGGCUUUCUGUGUGGAGCUGGUUGUGAUGGGGGGACUCCGCUUUUUGCUUGGAGAUAUUUGCAUCAUCACGGUGUGGUGACUGAAGAGUGUGAUCCGUAUUUCGACAAUACUGGUUGUUCUCAUCCUGGUUGUGAGCCUGCAUAUCCAACUCCUAGAUGUCACAGAAAGUGUGUUAACAAAAAUAAUCUCUGGAGGCAGUCAAAGCAUUAUAGUGUAAAUGCAUAUAAAAUUAGCUCUGACCCCCAUAGUAUUAUGGCUGAAGUUUAUAAGAACGGGCCAGUUGAAGUCGACUUCACUGUUUACGAGGAUUUUGCUCACUAUAAAUCAGGAGUUUACAAACACAUAACCGGGAGUGUAAUGGGGGGUCAUGCUGUUAAGCUAAUUGGAUGGGGAACGUCUGAUACUGGGGAGGACUACUGGCUUGUUGCAAAUCAAUGGAAUAGAAGCUGGGGUGACGAUGGUUACUUCAAAAUCAGAAGAGGAACAAACGAGUGCGGCAUCGAAAAAGAUGCGGUAGCAGGUAUGCCUUCAAAAAGAAAUCUUGUAAGAGAGGUUGCAUGUGCCGAUGCCGUUGCACAUACUUCAUAUUGACGUUAGAUUUUCACACUGGUAAUAGAAAACGAAAGAAAAGCUUACUCCAUGUUUCCACUGGUGAAUACAAUAGUAUGUCAUUUGAGAUUAUAGUCAUUUUAUGUUGAUAUCAUAGGGUGAUGGAAUGGAAGGAACCCCGUAUGAUAACAAUUGAUUGUGAUAAGUGUUCGUCUCUGUCAUCUGUAAAACAAUGGAUAUGUGAAUAUGUUUGUGAUACAAAGCAAUUAAAUUACCAAUAAGCAGAGAGGCUGAU